GCAGUUUAUUUACCGUUCCUGAGGGCCGAGCGGCGGGGGUGAUCACAAAAAGAAAGCUGGUUUUUCUUCCAUUAAAAGGGUUUUGAGGCGAUGAGUCGUCAUUUGAGAUUCGUUGGGAGGACCGUCUUUGUGAAAGGAGGGGAUGUCGAUGGAGCAUAUAGAACAUUGAACAACUCCUUAAACAGAGAUGGUUUGAUAGAAAGCGUGAGAAGAAAGCGCUACUUUGAGAAGCCCUUCCAGGAGCGUCGAAGGAAGGAGUACGAGAACAUGAAGAAAAUCUAUAACCAAGAGAUGGGACGGAGGAUACAAUUCAUCAUGAGGAAGAACAGAACAGAUCCAUGGCCUGUGUAAACCACCCCUGGUUAUACUUAUGGACUGGUUUUCACAAGAACAGUGCUGAACAGGGAUUGCUUGAUGUGUAAAUGACCCCAUGAUUAAACUUAUGGAGAGGUUUUCACAAGAAGGAGCGCAAUGUAGAGAAAACUGUGGAAUUCUCCAUUUUGAUGAUUGUCAUGGACCUGUGUACUAUCAGAUAGAGCUGAUUGAUAGAGAUGUCUUGUUGAAACUGUCCUUAGUUCAUUCUAUAGAUUUUUUUUCAGUGGCCCGUUGUAGGAAAAGUCACUUUAAAAAGUUGAAGUUAAACUUAAGAAAAUCGUGCACAAGUCCCCAAACACGCAUUUCAUUUGCUUAAAGUCAAAUUGCGUUUGAUUUUUGGACUUGUGUUUGAUUGCAUCUCUUUCUGCAACAGGGCCC